AUGAUGGUCUCUGAUGAAGAUAAAAGAUGGCUUGUUGUGGGUAUCGCGAUGAACAAAGUUGCUGCUCCUGUUUUGCGGGAUGCUAUCAAACAAGGAAUGGACACUAACUAUACAGAUCUGGAGAACCACUGUCAACAUUUGACCCCACCUUGUACUCUUAAGAAAUUAACUCAUCGUCUAGUCCGAGCAGAUCCCAUCUUUGCUCGACUGAAAUUUCAAAAUAUUAACAAUAAUGAAAAUUUAUAUGGAAAGCACUCCAGUAGCUACAACUUUAACAUUAGUGACUCCAUAGAUUUGGCGAAGUUAUAUCUGCCAGAUUAUCUGGCUCAGUUUUCAGCAUUUGAUGAGUCAAUGGACAUGACUGCCAUCCUUCGUCUGUUAGGGUUUAAGAACUACACCCCUACCGCUGUGUUCUCCCCACACAUCCAGGCCUCAGCCAAUGAUGUCAGAGAAAAGGUAAGAAACAAGUGGGGCCAUGUUGAUGUAACUGAGUGGACAGAUGCCCUGUUCAAUGAUUGCUUUGACAAGCUGGAGGCAUUGGUGAGGAGUAUAGGACUGUCAGCUUGUGUGGAGAAAACAACAUUGGAUCAGCUUUAUGAAUGGCAAACAAAAGGUUAUUACACCUACACAAAAUAGAAUAAAAAUUAUCAUAUUCAUUGGAGGCAGACACUAAAGAAAAUUUUGCUCCUGCAAACAUCUAAAUGUGGUAACUGUUCAUCACUAGUAUAUGUCAAGUACAUGACGGAAAUUCGUCAUGUGUAAUUGUAAAAAUCUGAUACCAAUUGCAACAUUUCAGGAGGAGCCAUGCACCUUUAUUGUGUGUACAGUAAUUGUUACAGUAUGUACGUAUGUAUUUACUAGGGAAAACAAUUUCAAAAUAGAUGUUACCUAUAGUGGAACCUGUUAUUAGGGCACACCCUCGGGACCAAGGAAAGUGUCUCCUGAAUAGAGGUUAGGUCUGGGAUUUGUUAUUAAUUAACCUACAAAUAAAUAUUAUUCUUUUAUUCUGCCUCGGAAUUUGCUCCCACAAGUGCAUUACACCCCCCUGAUUGGUUUAAGUGAGUUAGUCCAUGUCGUAAAAGUUGCCAUCUUUGUGAUAAGUGUACCCUUAAACUUAUCAACGAUUUUUGUGGUCAGUCACUUUGUUAGUGCAAAGUUGUCCACUGAAUGGAGGUUAAACCCAGGUUUAGGGACCCAGAAAGAGUGCCCCUUUUCCCCUGAAUAGUGGUGUCCCUUCUAUAGGGGUAACAGAUACAAAGAUUAUGUGAACAUAUUUCGGGGACAAAAUUGUUUUGUGUCCCCUGAAUGGAGGUGUCCCUGGAAUAGUGGUUUGUCUCAAAGGAGAGGUUCCACUGUAUUUUGUUGAUACUCACAUGCACAAUAAACGCUUCAUUUAUUUUUUCUUUUUCUUUUUUAAAGGUUGUCAGUUAAUCUUGGGACAUGCUGUGGACAGGGAUCUUCUCCUUUUGGUACAAGGCGAAGUAAGAGGUCUGAUCAAGGACUACAACACCUUUGAAAAAAACCUUGCCACCCUUAGAAAUCAAGAGAAGCGUAAAGCAACGGCUUUAGAUGAACAUCACAAACGCCUUGAAGCGCUGGAAGAGAAGCUACAGGAGGCAUCAGAGAAUAGAAGUGAAGAAGUUAAAAAAGUUUUAGAAAGACUUUUGUCUUUCGAAAGGCAGUUAUCGAAACGACUUCAAGUGGUAGAAGAAAAAGUGGAUCAACUAGACCAAACAGUAGAACAGCUGAAGCACAGUCAUACAAAGACAGCUGGUGAAGUAGAACUGCUAAAAUACCGCCAUGCUGAGACUGCUGCAAAAGUAGAUCAAUUGGGUCAAAGAUGUGCUGGAGUGGAGGAAUUCAGGAUGCAAAUAAAAGCACAGAAUGACAAACCAGGUAAACUAAGUUUGUGAUCCCAUGAACAAUGACCAAUAACCUCUCAUUAUUCAACAUAUGAUCUCUUUUCGACACUUUUUAAUUUAGCGUGAUUAUUAAUACAUUUACCGUAUUUUAUACUACAGCUAACUUGUGCGCUCCUCGAAGUUGUUUAUUGCUUUGUUGUCAGCAAGCCAUGUUUUAGGUAUCUGUGCAUAGUUUACACUCGCUUAAGGUGGCGGUGGGUGCUCAAGGAAAAAAAUCAAGCCAAUAAACUAGGCGCUGAGUGGAUUCACUAAUGGUGGCAACGUGGAGUCAAUGUAUUAAACGGGAGAAAAGAUCGGUUUUUCGGUGGGUGGCGUUCGGGGCCUCGAUGAUUCCUGUUGCGUAAGGUCGCAUUUGUUGAGGACGGACUCGUGAUCAGUGAAAUGUGGACUAGUGUGUACAGUCAAGUUUUACACAGUUAGUAGGUCUUUCAUUAUUCCGAGUAAGUCGGAGUUAAAACCUAAGUGACCUUCUUCGUCAGAUUUUGCUUGUGAAUCAGUUUUUCAUGUUAUUUAAUAGUACAACUGUAUCAACCAGUGUUGUCAGACGCAGAUAAUUAGCCGUAUUACUGAUUGGAUUUCUUUCUCUUUCAGAUGCAUUAUCUUUGAAAACUUUCGACCUGAAUUCCUGUCGAAGCAAACUACAAGAUCAUUACCAAAAAACAGCAACUGUGCCCACCUCUGUCUGGUGUAAGAAAUCUGUAGUUGACAUUCACCAGAUCUACACUCGACUGUCCUGGGUGAAAGAGGAACAAACCCCAGCUGGAACAAGACAGUCUGAGGUGGAGCAUUACAGUGAUCUUUUCAUUGCAAACAAGAAAGGUGUCAUUCCAAAGAGAAUACUCGUGCAAGGGCAGACGGGAAUUGGAAAGAGCACGUUUGUGCUGCUUGUAGACUGGGUUGAAGUAAAUAAGGAGACUGGUGAUAAGCAAACAUCUGUCCUAAAGAACUUUGAGCUUGUGGUUGCUGUUAACCUCAAGGAAGUGUCCAAAUGUCAAAGCCUUGAAGACGUCAUAAGAAUGUCCAGUGUGUUUGCAAAUGAGGACAAAUAUAUGACAGAUGGCCUGAUUGAAUAUAUCACUAGCAACCAAGAGAAAGUACUACUGAUCUUUGACGGCUACGACGAAUACCGUCAUGGAUGCAACUCAGAAAUUUACGAGAUUUUUCGUGGAAGCAACCUGAGAAGCUGCUGUGUGUUGAUAACAACUCGAAUUUCUAAGGCUGACGAGCUACGAGGAGGUGAAGACCUGCAUGCCGAAAUCACGGGGUUUAGCAAAGUGGACAUAGAAACCUUUAUGCGAAGGUUUCUUACUGAAGAUGAAGUGCACCACUUACACCAUCAUUUACUUCAUAGCAACCUGUUAGAAUUGGCGAAAGUCCCUCUUCUUCUCCUUUUUUUCUGUACUCUGUGGAAAAGAGGAGAGGCAAAGGUCUUUCCUGAGUCUAAAACAGAUUUGUAUACGAACAUCAUCCAGUUCAUUAUAAAUCACAGCUAUCGCAAGCGAUCGCCGCCUCGCUAUGUUGACUUACAAUCUUCCAAAGAGAUCCUCUCAGAAAUGGGAAAAGUUGCUUUACAAGGUCUUCUGAAUGAUGAUCAUUUGUUUGAAUACCGUCAGUUGUCCGAUGCUGUCUUUUGUGACGAAAGCGUCUUCAUCGGUUUGCUUCAAAUCACCGAAUACUCAGAAACCUUGCAACCAGUUGGAAUGGUCUCCUUCAUUCACAAGAGCAUACAGGAGUUCCUAGCCGCUUGGUACAUCAUCUACAAAUGUAUACCUGAGGACGGAAUUGUUAAUGAAAUCGGAGUGAAGUUAGAGAAAUGCUUGGCUUUAGAGAAUGUAUUUCAGUUUAUGUGCGGCCUGAGUGAAGAUGGAGCAUCGAUGGCUUUCAUGCAUUUAAAGUCUGUCAGAAUCUCAGAUCCUUCGUUGGAUUUAUCCAAGGCAGUCCCGGACGUGGAGAAAGAAACCGACGUGCCACUGAGUGACGUCACUGACCGUCAGCAGAAUUUCAACGAUCUGGUUUUGAAUUCGUUUGAAGAAGUUAAAUCAAAAGCUGGACUUUCAGAAACUUGCUUGGAUUGUCUCGGGAGUAUUUUUCUCUCUCAUUCACAUUAUAUGACAUCAUUUCCUGAAGAACUUCUUAUAAAGCUAAGAGAUGCAAGCACCUGGUCUUUUAUUUUUGAAGGAAGAGAACCAGUGAAAACUGAGAGGAACCAAGUUCAAAUGCAACUUGAUUGGGCGACUUAUAUCGCUCAGCGAGUUACUGAAAGUUCUGAAAUUCAAAAUUUAGAAAAAUUUCUGAGAGAUUUUCUAAAUAUUAAUUUUUUUUGUUUUUGUGGGUUUUCUGCAGUCUUUAGUAACCGUAAUGGCCAGGUCUACUUUUGCAUCAAACACUUGGAAAUGACAUGUGAUCUCCACGCCAAGCUAAUUACUGAGAAUUUUGCUUCUUCUCAUGCAGCUCAUUCAAGUUUAAGACAGCCAUGUCUGAAAUACCUGAAAACUCUAAAGUUUUUCAAAGUUGGUGAUUCAAUGAAAGGCCCUUCCAUCGAUCCAUAUAAAGACCCUCUUUUGUAUCCUUUUUUGGAGCAAGUACCAAAUCCUUGCAGGUGCACUUUGUCUAUCGAGCAUUUUGUCUUAACGUCAAAAGAAGCGGUGAAGCUUGCAUCUUUGUUACCAAAGUUUGAAAACAUCACUAAUCUUGACCUUAGCCUUGCUGUUUGCUCUGCUGAGUCAGUAACAAAAUUGGUUGCCGCUAUCAAGCACAAGACUCUCGUGGCUCUAAUACUGAGUGAAAUCCACCUGACUUCAGUAGUAGUCGAUGCGCUCGGUCAGUCACUGCCUGAAUUAUCAACACUACGAACACUGAGAAUAAGUGGCUUGAAUGUAUGUUCUAAUGAAGCAGCAACGAGACUGUGUUCCGCUAUCAAGAACAAGUCUCUUGAGGAACUGGAAUUGAGAGACGUCAACCUGACGUCAGCGGCAGCCCAGGUACUUAUUAGUCAGUCGCUUUCUAAAUCAUCAGCCUUACGAACACUAAAAAUAAGUGGCUUGGCUAAAUGUUCUGAUGAAAAAGUAACAUUCAUUCUGAUGUCAGCAGUAGCCAAGGCGCUUGGUCAGUCACGUGAAUUGCCAGCCUUACAAACCCUUGAGAUAAGAAGCUUGGAUGAAAGCAGGUUUCUCGUACGGUUUAUUCCAUGCGUUUUGCAGUUUGAAACGCUGGAGAUAGGUGGCUCGAGUGAAUGUUUUGCUAAAGAAGUAACAAGAUUGUUAACAGCUCUCAAGGACAAGACUCUCAAGAAACUGAAACUGAGUAAAAUCAUGCUAACGUCAGUAGUAGCGGAGGCGAUUGGACAGUCGUUGCCGGAAUUUUUAGCCUUAGAUUCAUUGGAAAUAAGUGGUUCGGAUGGAUGCAGUUUGCAAGAUAAAGAAAUGGAGGCUCUGUUUGGCAGAAUUAACAGACCUUCUCGUCUGGUAACUCUAGUAAUUGAUCAUUUCAGCCUGAGAGGAAGCCUUUCUGUAGUCACCCAAAACCUGCACUUCUUCCCCCGCUUGAAAUAUUUAGACCUUUCUGUAACCGUGGAUGAAGCUGACCUUUUUGGUCUUCUCGAAAAACUGAAAUUGCUCCCUGAACUAGAACAUCUGACCCUGAAGGGUAUUGCACUGCGCCACUCAAUGAGGUCAAUGGUCCCA